UUUGUUUUUUUUUUGUUUUUUUUUUUUCUUUUUUUUUUUUUUCGGUUCAAUUUCUUCAAUUUCUUUCCUCCACUCCACUCUCUUCAUGCCAGUGCCUACUUCUUCUGUCACUAUGGAUACCAAACAUUGCAUUGAUGUGGCUAUUGAGAAAGCCAACAUGGCCGUUCAAUACGAUGCCGCCAAUGACAUCCCUUCCGCCAUUGCCGCUUAUACUGAAGCCGUCCAAUAUUUAUUCAACGCAUUACAGCAACAACAACAACAAAAAGAAGCAUCUCGUCAUGAUGGAGGAGGAGCGACCGAUCCACACGAUAUCGACGGCUUAAUGUCUAUCUGCCAUAUUUAUAUGGAACGUAUCGAUUGCUUGUCCCAUUUAAAAGCCGUCCUUCCUCAAAAACAACAAGCCACCGUUAUUGCUUCCGGAAAUGACUGUACCAACCACCACCAUAAAUCAAAAUUCAAUAGUGUCUUUAUGAACAUUUUUCAUAAAAAGACCAUCAAAAAGAAAAAGUCGCUCCAUGUCCAUCCUCCACAGCAUCCCUCUCAUUCUCCUACGACGACGUCUCUGCCACAUCUGAAAACAUCCACAAGUACACCUCUUCCUACUACUACUACGACGACGACGACGGCUGCAGUUUCCAUGACGGCUACCCAUCCACCCUAUGAUACACCAUCCGAGAGUCGCAAGCAAACACGCUCCUUUUCAGAAAACCUCCAUCAAUAUCUCGGUAAAGCGCUCUCUUUUCCUGGCCAUUCUUCUUUCUCUCCCUCUUGUCCUGUUUCUACCACCGCCACCACCACCACCACCAACGCCUCUGCUUCUACUAUUUAUUACUGUCAACAACAACAACAAAAGCAAUUCGAUCAUUAUAAAAGAAAUAGCUAUCCAGAAAGUCUUUCUUCGACUCUCUCUACCUCCUCCUCUUCCUUGAAGAGCAGUCGCAGUAGUCGUAGUAGUAGUAGUAGUCGUCGUAGUAUCAGCAGUAGUCAUACGAAUACAAACACCACGACCCUGGCCACGCAACCACCUUGCCAAAAACAGUACAACAUGAACCGUGACAGUUACGUGGACCACGACCCACUUUCGCCCUCCUCUUCUUUUUUUUAUCUAGAUAAUACCAGCAGUCAUGAUCAUCCUACGCAUAUACCCUAUCAACACCUACUCAAAAGCGGUGGUGGUGGUGCUUCCGUCAUCCCUCAUUGUCAUUAUCCUGCCUCGACGGGUUCCAUGACCAUGAUAGAUCCAAACAUCAUUUUAAAUUAUCCCGAAGCCAAAGUACUCUAAAAACAUUAAACAUCAGAAAAUAAAAAUUUCCCUUUUUGGGAAUCCUUUUUGCUUUUUUUUUAAAACCGAUAACCUGCAUUCUGUAAAAUAAACUUUAAUGGAUC